AUGGCCGUCAUCGCCGCGGUAAAGCGCGGGAUGGCGUCCGUGGGCGAGCUCAAGGACCAGUGCAACGCCGCGAUCCGCCGCGGCGCGGACGUCAACGGCAUCGAGGAGCGUCAACGCAUCCCCGUCGGCGGCGUGCACGGCCGCGAUUACAUCAAGCUCAUGCGCGCGGACGUGAAAGCCGCGAUGAAGGAGACCGCGAUCGCGAAGGGGGAGGGCGCGUUGUUGCCGGGGUUCGGCGAUCACCUCGACGCGCGCGAGAAGUCGAUCGCGACGGGGCGCGCGCCUCCUCCGCGUUUGCGGUUGGAGGACGCCGCGGGGCCCGCGGAACGGACGAGGCGGUUAGGCGACCGCGGGGAGGAGCCCACGUUAGCGCUGCCGGAGAGCGAACGCGGACGUCGUCGCGGGGGCGACGGCGGGGGUUCGAGCGCGAGCGACGACGACGAGAGCUCGUCGUCGUCGUCGUCGUCGUCGUCGAGCGGGCGGCGGCGGCGGCGGCGGCGGCGGCGAGAGAAGCGGAAGAAGGGCGGCGAGUCGAAGCGGAAGAAGCGGAAGCGAGACCGCGACGACGAGGAGGAGGACGACGACGAGGUUGAAGACGACGGGAAGAGUCGCGAGGCGUUAGAGAAGGAGCUCGAGGACGAGCGCGAGCGUCGACGGAAACUCAAGAGGCGUAUUCGCGACGGGAAGAGACGGGACGAGAAGGAGCGGAGGAAAAGGCGCGGCGGUGACGCGAAGAAGAAGAGGAGGAAGAGCUCGUCGAAGCGGAGCAAGAAGCGAAGGCGAUCGGACUCGGACUCGGACUCGGAAUCGGACUCGGACUCUUCUUCCUCCUCCUCCUCCUCGUCGUCGUCGUCGAGCAGCGAUAAGAGGUACGACGCGAUAAGCGGCAAGCGCAUAAAGUUGCGAAGGAAAAAGACGCGCGCGGACGACAGGCUGGAUUACGACCGAGCGAAGACGCUGAGGCUUCUGAACAGGGCGUACAACGACUAG